UGAGACGGCCGACCUGUCACCUACAGCAGAAACAGGAAGUGAUCCUCCCACUUCGGCUCAUGUUGUCGCUGCCUCUCUUCACGAGGCUGCUUCAAACUUAAAUGAUCUUAAACCAGCUGUUUCGCGUCAACAUCUGGAGUUCAGCUCGUGUCGUCAGGUGUCAUGGUCACACCGACCACAAGCAGCAAACCCACCGAGGGACCUGAAGAGACGGAGACGGAGAAGCAGCACAGCCUGAAGCACUUCCCCACGUAUGGCACCAUGAAUGGGGACACCUGCCCCACCUGUCGAGGCACCGGGCGAAUCCCCAGAGGAGAUAAAGACCGGCUGGUGGCCGUGAUACCGUGCAACGAUGUGAGGCUGGAACCCAGACGCACGAAGCUGUACGUGUUCAUCUCCAUGGCCGUGUGUCUCUUCGUCUGCUGCCUCAUCCUCUUCUUCCUCUUCCCGCGGAGCGUCACCCUGUCGCCCGUGUCCGUGCAGAGCGUCAUGGUCUACUUCAGGCCGGACACGGUGGACUUGAACAUCACGAAUCUCAUCAACAUCACCAACGAGAACUUCGUCCCGGUUCAGAUCGUCAAGUUCUCCGGUCAGGGUCUCGUCAACAGAGCAGUCGUUGGGAAGAUCAAGCCGGUCAACAUGUCGACCGCCAUCCCGUCACGCUCGCAGAGAUCGUACAACAUUCAAAUCGACCUCGUCAUCACCGAUGACGGCAUAAGCAACUACUGCAAGUCGAGCACCAUCAAGAUUCACUCGUUGUUUCUGGAGCUGCAAAUGACGCUGAACAUCUCUUAUCUGUCUCACACGGAGCAGCUGUCUCUGGACACCUUUGAGUACAUCGACUGUGGCAACAACUCGACGAUUCCUCAUCCUAUGGGCUGAUGAUGACGUCCACAUGAAAAAAAACAACAAACACCCAACUGGAAGUGUGAAGAAAUGAAUAUUCUGCUGCGUUUUCAGCCGCGUCUCUUCUGCGCGGGGUGUGAAAAUGCAUCUCAUCUUAUUCUGUAUGUUGUUUUAGCAUACCUGAAGACUUUAAUCAACCACUACAAUGUUUUAAAUUUAAAAUAUUGAUGCUUCGAAUACAGUUUUGUGUUUGAACAGAUGUUUUUUUUUUUUCUUUGCUCUUAUUUGUUAGAGAUCCAACUGUAAAUCUCUGAGACAGGGCAGGUUUUUAUAUGAAGACAUGGACGUUUGUUGUCAGGACGCCACGUAUUGUGUAAAUAGGAUGUUAAACUCUUACCUGAUCUGAUUUUUUCUUGUCUGUUAUCAUUUGCACUUCAUUAAACUGUGGCCUUCCCUCA